AUGUAUCAUGUCCCUGGAAAACAGUGUAUUAGGUUGUUACAUGUGACUCAAGCAAUCUCCCGAGAGAGGAGUUUGGAGGCAAGAAUUAUUAGUCGAGUUCUUCUUUCUCCUGAUCAAGCAAAUGGUGCGACACAAAAGAGGGUGUCCACAUUGAAACUUUGGCUGUCAGUCUUAAAGAAGUCCUAUGACCCGGAAAGAUGUCUUGCUGAGAAACAAAAUGAAUUAAUGGAAAAUAUCCAUGUUGCAGGAACGAAGGAGAAUACUAUGAUAGAUGGCGUGUUAAAUCAAUGGAGUUUCCAUAAUUCAAGUGCCACUGCAGUUACCACUCCGACAUUACUUCUCCAUGGAUAUGCGGCAUCGUCCCUGUGUUUUUUUAGGACAUUUGUGCCUUUAUCUCGAUCCAUCAAGAAUUUAUAUGCUACAGAUCUUCCUGGAAAUGGCCUUUCAAAAAAUAAAUCUUUCUUUUCUGUCAUGUAUGGGAACGAAUAUAUGAAAGUGAAGUAUGAAGAAAAUAACAAGUUUUCAAUCAAAUAUUUAAAUUCUUUGAAAGACCAAACAAAUUCAAUAAAACAUAGCGAAGAUUAUUAUAUAGAUGCCAUACGGGAAUGGCAACUUUCGAAUAAUCUACCGAAGAUUAACUUAGUAGGACAUUCAUUUGGGGGAUAUCUUUCGUUCAAGUAUGCGCUAAGAUAUCCUGAUAAUGUUAACAAGCUUUGUCUGGUCUCUCCAUUAGGUGUCGAAAGUAAUCUUUAUUCAGUCAAUAAUUCACUAAAAGAGAAUUAUUUGUAUGAUGUUGAUUACAGUGAUCCUAAGUCUAGUUAUUAUUCAAGGAACUUUGCAAUACCUAAAUCUUUAUUUGAAGGCCAAUUCGGAAUUCUUAGAUGGAUGGGUCCCAUAGGAGCUCGGGUAUGUUGGAAUUACAUAUUGUCAUCAUAUAAAAGAGUUCCAUCCAUGAAAUAUAAAGAGUACCUAUUCCAUUUAUUGUUUGGGAAUGCCAAAAAACUUGUGACAUCUGCCAAAACAUUUACGAAUUUAUUUACCAGGAAUCUUCUUGCGAAAGAUCCCAUUAUGGAUUCAAUUGAGAAAUUGCAAUGUGAGAAGCUUAUGGUAAUGUAUGGACAACAUGACUGGAUGAACAAAUAUGCUGGAUAUUGUUUAAUUGCUAAAUUGAACAACUAUCGUUCAACUAAAGAUGCCGGUUAUUUUACAGAAAUCCCUGAGGCUGGUCAUAAUUUAAUUUUGGACAAUCCUGAUCGUUUUUCAUCGUCAUUAAUAUCCUUUUUAUCGAAGUAA